AUGUCCUCUGCUAGUUUUUAUACAGCCUUGAACAAGAUCUCAAGAGAUUUGUUUGAUUUACGACGCGACUCCAUACGACUUCAAGGAGUCGAAGAGGAAGUCCAACAACAUCUGAAGAUGGCGGAGAGUGAGCUCCGUCUCAUCACAAAGUGGAUUAAAGAGUUCGACUCCCCAGACCUCACCAGCAAGCUUGAGGAAACAGAACAUCAACGCGCCAUACUCGCUCUCAAAGCUGAAGAGUACCAAGCCGAGCUUCGUCAUAUACAGGACAUAAAGCCCACUACAACAGUGGCCGACUUCCUUGCUCAGAAGGAACGUCUACGUAAGAAAGAGCACGAAGUGAAAAUCAAACGCGCGAGGAUCCAAGCAUUCCAGGGUUUACCUCCGAACCUCGCUCUAGCAAAGCAAGAACUACAUCAAGCCCGCGAGGAGUUGAUCCGUCUUUCAAACCUUCGAGAACGACUUUUGAACAACAUGGUCGAGGAGAUCUCGUAA